AUGGCUGGGGUUAGUAAUGGCUGGGGUUUUGAGGAUCGUUGUCCCAGCGGCCACUCCAACAAUGCAACUCAAGUGGAUGAUUUGGAGAGAUGUAAUUCCAUGGUGGGCAGAGAAGAAAAGAGCAUAAAGAACUCUACACAUCACGCUGGUCCCAAGCAAGGUGGAAAACCAAGCACAUAUUUUCCUUUUAAGCAGGGAUACCUUGCUAUCACAACUCUCCGGAUAGCGCUAGAAGGAAUCCAUAUGACGGUUGACGGGAAACAUAUUACUUCAUUCGCAUACAGAGCGGGCUCCGAACCUUGGUUUGGUACUCAAGUAAGGAUUUCUGGUGACUUCAAGCUAGCAAGUGCCAUUGCAAGUGGACUGCCUACCUCCGAAGACUUGGAAAAUAGCCUCGAUCUUGAUAUGCUGAAGUCAUCACCUAUUCCAGACGGCAAAGAUCUCGACCUUCUGAUCGGCAUCUUCUCAACAGCAAACAACUUCAAGCGUAGAAUGGCGAUUCGAAGGACGUGGAUGCAAUAUGAUGCAGUGCGUAACGGAACAGUUGCGGUCCGAUUUUUCGUUGGCCUGCAUACAAACCUGAUGGUAAAUAAGGAACUCCGGAACGAGGCACGCAAAUAUGGUGACAUUCAGGUGUUGCCCUUUGUUGAUUACUACAGCCUAAUUACAUGGAAGACACUGGCAAUAUGCAUCUAUGGGACCAAUGCUGUGUCAGCCAAGUAUCUGAUGAAAACAGACGAUGAUGCUUUUGUUCGAGUGCACGAAAUCUACUCCUCGGUAAAACAGUUGAAUGUCAGCAACGGUCUGCUCUAUGGUCGCAUCAAUUCAGAUUCAGGUCCUCACAGAAAUAGUGAAAGCAAGUGGUACAUAAGCCCGGAGGAAUGGCCUGAAGAGAGAUACCCACCAUGGGCUCAUGGACCAGGAUAUGUGGUUUCAGAAGACAUUGCAAAGACAAUCAACAUUUGGUAUAAAACAAGUCGUCUGAAGAUGUUCAAACUAGAAGAUGUGGCAAUGGGCAUAUGGGUUGACGAAAUGAAGAAGGGCGGUUUACCCGUGAGAUACGAAACAGAUACGAGGAUUCACACUGAUGGUUGUAAGGAGGGGUACAUUGUUGCUCACUAUCAACAACCAAGGAAUAUGCUAUGCAUAUGGGAGACACUCCUAAGGACAAAUCAAGCAAUGUGCUGCAACUAA